AUGGUAUGUCUUUGCUUGCAGACGGCGCCUGGGGCCACUGCGCUGCGCGGCGACGGGCAUGCGGCAGCACCAGCUGCAUCAGCAACAGCAGAUGCUGCGGUGGUGUUUAGGCAGGGCCUUGUUGGGACACUGCGAGCAUGUUGGGACCGCAGCAGGACCUUUCGAGGCGCAUGCAUUCGCCUCCUUCGUGGCUCAGAAGGUUGGGAAGAGACAGAGGAUACCUCUUGUCCCGUGUUACACCCAGCGGUGCGUCUCGCCCUUCUGCUGCAGUGGCCGGACGCGCUGCAGCAGCUGCCUCCUUCCUUCUAUCCUUCUGUCACAUCUGCCCUGCAGCAUUGCCAGGAGGCGCUGGAGGAAGGCGCAAGCGCCGCUGGUGCAGACAGCAGCAACAACAGCAGCAGUAGCAGCAGCAAACGCAAGAAGCGAAAGAAUGAUACUUCAAGUCCCAGCCCAAUAGGAGUUGGGUGGGCAGAAGACGUGAUGGAGGCGCUCAAGCUGUCUGUGUAUGCGCGGGAUAGUACCGAGGGCGCCAGCGGCAAGAGGGUGCGGGCCAAGGGGGCCCCUUGGCAGGUGGCUGCGUCGUUUCUUAGGGCGAGGGCAGAGAAAGAAGGCCCUGCUACAUGUUUGUUGGUUGCUGAUGCCCCUGUGCUGUGGGCCGAGGCUGUGCAGCAGUUUCUUACAUCUCUCUGCAUGCAGCAACCUGGGGGAGAAGUCCUUGCUCGUUUCAGCGUGGUGUUAGCGCGAGACCUCGAGGAGAUGGCGGGCACGUUUGCUGUUGGGGUUUGUCUCAGUUUCUAG